UCGCAGUAACUGAUUCACCAGUUCAAGUCCUACUUGCUUGCAUGUUGGAGAAAAUUUUUCGAACGCAAAGAUUCUGCCAUCAUGUACAGCAUGCACCAGACUUACUAUCUUGAUGGUCCAGACCAACUCUCGCUGCAAGAAAUGAUGGAGGGCGACAUGCGCGAAAUGGAUCUUAAUUUUAACGAUCCCAUGUUCCAGGAGCAGAACAUUUUCUGUUCCCCGGAGGGCCAACGAGCUCUGAAAGCAGAGCAAGAGAGACCCCGCACAGGGGAUUGUAUAAGCCCAGGAGAUCUGACAAAUCUGCAGUGGCUACAAAAUGUAUCGAUCCCUAUGGAGAAAGGGAGUAACGGACAGGAAAAGCCCGUGAUGGUCGAUCCGAACACAGUAAUGCCAGUGCAGUGGCAACACCAGCAACAGCCAACCAACAUAGUAUCUUCGGUAGCAGUCACGUCGGUACAGCAACAGGCCGUCACUCCACUCGCGCCACAAACUCAACUCACCGCACGUGUGUCCGACAACAAGACUCGAAUGGAGAACUGCAAAGUUAUCAGUAAAGAGAACGCAAAACCCAACGAAAAAUGCUAUCCAAAGCCGUUAUUCUCAUACUCCUGUCUAAUCGCUAUGGCCCUCAAAAACAGUGACUCCGGCACUCUGCCAGUCAGUGAGAUUUACAAGUUUAUGAUGGGUAAAUUUCCUUAUUUCAAGACAGCUCCGGACGGAUGGAAGAACUCUGUCCGUCACAACCUGUCACUCAACAAAGCCUUCUGUAAGCUUGAGAGACCUCAAGGUGCUUCACAGCGAAAAGGAUGCUUGUGGUCCUUAAAGCCCGAAAGACGAGAUCAGAUGGAUAAAGAAAUUAAAAAAUGGAAAAAGAAACAUGCAGAGGCCAUUCGAGCAAGCAUGGCUCAUCCAGAACUUCAAGUAUCUAGUGAUGAUUUAGAAGAUACAGAGCACCUAGUUCCACAGAAUCAAGUUGAGGAUUUAGCAGCUGCAGAUGCUGCAAAAGAGCUGUUUGGCAAUGACCUCAUCCAAGAGAUCCAACAGCAUGAUGUUUUAGAUUGGGAUGAUAUCAUAUCAUCUGGAAAUGACCUCAAUCUCGACCCUCACAUCACUACGACUACCAUGGCACCUACAAUAAAUGGAGGUCAAAUUCAUCCAGACCCAAUCACAACUACAGUUGAACUUGAUAACUCAAGCCAUUUUUACAUGAAUGGUGAUCAGAUGCAUCACGAAUACGAUCAGUCUGCUUAUGUCAAUAAUUAUUUUACCUUGCAACCACAACAGUUGGCUCAUUUAAAUGGUUUUUAAUGCAGUUAGCUUUAUUUUAAACUUAAAUAAAUGACAUGGGCAUGUCUGUAAAUUAUCCCUUCUUCUGUUCGCUAAGGGCUCACCAUAAAGCAGAAAUACAAAGAAAUUAAAUACAAAACGGGAUAAAUUUUAAUUCUAGCAAGUUGUAAAUAGAAAGUCAAAACAGAAGCAAGCGGAUGUAUUGUGCCUGAAAAACUAUAUAUACUCCCUAAUUACUACAUUUUUAUAGAACUAUUCUACUUGAUAUUUUCCGAAAUAAUGUUAGUCAUAAGAAAGUUUGAUCUAACAAGUGUCGAAGUAAGGGAAACAGAAUAAUAUGGCACUCUAUUGUGGAGACCAAAUCGAGAUCCAUAACAUAAUGUACAUAAUUGUUUAGCAGUUUUUAUUUGGCUAGGUUUUUUUUGUCUUAAAUUGUACAGGGACUGUUCAUUCAGCAAGCAAAGCUUUUCUGAAGCAAGUGUAAAUCAUUUAAAAGCGGGUAUAAAUACCUAAUUGUAAAGAAAAACCUCAGUCCAUAGUCAAACAAGGAAAGACUAAAUGUCACAGCUGUAAUAUUUUUUUUUAUUGUUUAGUGUAGAUAUUCAUCAUUUCUUCUUGUGGAGUAUAUUUCAUAUAAAUGUUAUGCAUCAUUGGGAAUGUCCUGUUAUUAUUAACAGUUUUAUCUUUAUGGACUCACAGGACAACGAUUCUAAGAUAUGGGGAUGAUCAAUCAUUUCACUGCCACCAUAAUUGCAACACAAUAGUAGAAAUUAUAUUGAUAUCAUUGAUCUACUGUAGAACUUCAAAUACUUCCAUGUCUGAUAAUCUUAUGCACUUUGCUUGAGAACUGUGAUUGUUACCAGCUUUGAACCUAAGCAUAAUUGCAUAUAGUUGAGUUGAUAAAACUGCAGGUUUAGGUUUCACAGAAAUAGGUGUAGAGGUUGGUAUUUGGUUCUUUCACUGUCUGGUUAGGGUUAUAUGAUACCUGCACAUCUUGAGUCUUUGUAAUGUAUUCACCUACAAAUGUGAUCAGCAUUGAAGAACUAUACACUUGUAUACACAAAAUAAUUAGGUUAUUAUAUUGUACAAAGUCUGUAUCCAUAAUUACAAUUAAAAGCAUGUAAUACUAAAA